ACAUCACCGACCAGACCCUCAAGUAGCUCUCAACUCCCAAAAAGACACUCUCCCUGAAAGCAUCUAGAAAAUGCGUCUUUCAGUCAUCAGCGUUUGUUCGCUGCUUUCCUUUCUCCCCUCCACUCUCGCAACUCAACUCAUCUUCACAAUCCCAACGACUCCCCAACUAAACCCAUCAACUCUCCCCCCCUCCACCCACGCAAUCCUCAGUACCCUUUCUCACACGCACACCGCGCCUCUGACACCAUCCAAUUCCUUCUCUUUCCGCAACCUUACUAGCGGCUCCUACCUUCUCACCGUUUCCUCUCCAGCCUACGCUUUCAUUCCUCUCCGCGUCGAUAUCCAUCCUGCAUCCUCCGAGUCAAAUCUCAUUCCCAUUGAAGCAUUUACCACUUUCCGCGCUAACGAAUGGAGCAACAAGGGAGAGAACAUCCUAGUUUCUAAACUCGGAGAACACAAGUAUACAGCGGAAGUUAUGCCACUUGUCGAGAAAAGCUAUUAUCUUGAACGAGCGGGAUUCUCGCCAUUGAGUUUAUUGAAGAAUCCUAUGAUCUUGAUUGCUGGAUUCAGUAUGCUUAUUGUGUUUGGAAUGCCUUAUCUUAUGGACAAUAUGGACCCAGAACUCAAGGCGGAAUUUCAGGAGCGUCAGAAGAGUGGUGGUGGAAUUACAGGCGGUGCCAAUGGCGCCAAUCCAUUGCAAAAUUUCGAUGCGGCAGCUUGGUUGGCUGGAUCUGGUGGAAAGAAGGAGGGCGGUGCUGCAAGUGGUGGGAGAGAGAUUAUUAGAUGAGAGUGGUGUCUGCAUUUGUGGAGUUUUGUUGAUACUCUAGCUGAUUGAUGAGAGAUGAUCAAUCUAUUAGAUUAGGAUAAUACCCAGGCACCAUGGGUCGAACCACGACGCGAAAAGUAAAUACAGAAAGAUAGAAUUGUUAAGACAACAUAAGAAUGGGGUUUCUUGUACCGUCGUUUUUUUAUAUCUUGAAUUCCUCAAGGUAAAGGAACAUAUAUAUUAAUUCCAGAUUCAUGCUUCGAUAAGCUACCAGGAGCGAGAAAUCGACCCAUCAC